CAAUGACCAAUGAUGGCGCUGAUGAUGGCGCUGCUGCUGCUGCUGAUGAUGAUGAUGAUGAUGAUGGGUGCGAAGGGAGUGUAUUAGUGAAAGAGGUGUGUGUGAGCAGGCGCGCAAGCGAGACAGAUGUGACAGCCGUGCUCUGAUGAGGACAAACUUCCGCAGUGUCUGGAAGAGAACAAAUCACUGAAACGUGCGAGAUGUAGUGAUGGUGAAGUUGGGUUCGAACGUGCGAUCUGCGGGGGAAAAGGUUGACUGGAAGCCUGCUAGCUUACCAAUGAACAGUAGGCGGCAUGGUUAAGAUGGCUUCAACGGAGGAACAGGAUAGGAAAAUAGUGCUGGAAUUUUGCCACCUGCUCGAAAAGUCGAAGCAGCUGUUCAACGGGCUCCGCGAUCUGCCCCAGUAUGGGCACCGGCAGUGGCAGGCGUACUUUGGCCGCACGUUCGACGUCUACACCAAGCUGUGGAAGUUCCAGCAGCAGCAUAGACUAGUCCUAGAUUCUAAGUAUGGUUUAAAGCGAUGGCAAAUCGGAGAAAUAGCUAGCAAAAUUGGACAACUCUAUUAUCAUUAUUACCUUAGAACGAGCGAAACCAAUUAUCUCAAUGAGGCGUACUCGUUUUACGCGGCGAUCCGGGGGCGCGCUUACUACUCGCGAGCAAUCAAGGAGGACCGGCCGGAUCUGAUGGUGAAGAAGCUCCGUUACUACGCUAGAUUUAUUGUUGUUUGUUUACUGUUGAAGAAGAUGAAGCUGGUGCGGGAGUUAGUUAUCGAAUUGGAGCGACAAAUACAGGAAUACACCACCACCGUACCGCACGACCUUAGGUACGAGCCGGAGGACCAGCUGGAGUGGUCCCUGGUGCUGGAGGAGAUCAAGGGAUUCAUCAAGGCGGAAUCGGCCGUCGCGGUGCUGCACGCCGACACCAACCCGAUCGUACUGUCGCACAGUGGUUCUGGUUCCAGGUUAAGCCCGCUCACCACCCCGCCCUGCGAACGGACGCCCCACAUGACGCUCAGCCUGCAGGAGAUCCUGAUCGUCGGGUCGGCCUGCGAGCAGGCCAAGUUCUCCGAGCUAACGAUGGACAUGUUCCGGAUGCUGCAAACGCUGGAACGUGAACCGACGGACGCGAUGCACCCGAUGAUUGGCCAUCCGAUGGCGCACGGUGGGCCGCACGAUGCGAGCCCCGCGGCCAGCCGCAUGCCGUACGGUGUGCCGGGUUCGAAGGGGUACGUGGAGAACGGUGAUCGUCGUACGAUGCGUGAUAACCCACACAAGUACUUGCUGUACAAACCGUCGCUCAGCCAGCUGAUGGUGUUUCUGUCGAGCGGGUUCAAGGAGCUGCCACCGGGCGGUGCGCUGCUGCUGUACAUGUCCGCCGACGGGUGCUUCUCGACUACGAAGCAUCCGCAAGACUAUGGUUACGAACUGGGCGGUUUGGCGACGAGCGUUAAGCGUGACGCGGUGGACGGUGGCCUGUCGGUGCGGGGCAAAUCGAGCGCCGGCUACAAGGAACCGCACUGUCUGUAUCCGGGCGAUCUGUACCCUUACACGCGGCGGCCUCUCUUCAUCAUCAUUGAUUCGGACAAUUCAUUCGUGUUCCAGCACAUACCGAGGUAUUUCGGUCAACCGUUAGUUAUACUCAUGUCACCACAGGAUAUUCCUGCCAACUACCAAGAUUUGCAGCAUCACGGUUCGCUGUUUACGCUGUUCCUGCACUCGCCCAUGACGGCCAUGUGCUACAUCUGCAACGUGGGCGACGUGCCGAUCCAUCACUGGGAGCGAUGCCAGAGCUAUGUGGACCGGUUCGUGACCGAAGCGUCCCGGCUGGUGACGCGCUGCCGGAUGGACGAGAUCGAGCAGGGCAUUGGAUAUAUAGACUCAUCGUACGUGCAAUUCUUCGGCGAUGACUUCCUGCGAACGCUCAUACUGCGGUUCGUGUUUUGUGACGUGGCGCUCCGCCUACACCGGGGCUUCCGCGGCCGGCACCAGCGGCCGCGCUGCGAACCCCCCCUGCCCGGGCCGGAGCUGCUCGAGCAUCCGUCGCUCGCCCACAUCGUGCUGCAGCUGGCGACCGCGCUCGACGUGAGGGGCCACUUUGUCGAGGGACCGGAAGGCGAUUGAUGCACGUACGGUGCGAGCACCAGUGCGCGGUUCCGAACCGGCAGCGACGACGAUCCACGAUUCACUCCAACACUGCAACAGCAACCGCAUCCCGCUCUACUGUGGUGCGCCAGCAUCCACGUGCUUUCCGGUGCGUUCACUGCGUGCGCGCUGACGCUACUAGCGGGGUGCGCAAACGUUGCGCGUCUACAUUUGACGGUGGUGUUGGUGCGUGCUGCCCCCGUACCAUCACCACUGGUGGUUUACACUGCCAGUAUUUGCUGAGUUAAAUGGGGAGGGGAGGUAGGGGGGUGGAACAUACGUCGCUUCCAAAAAAAAAGAAAGAAAAAGAAACAGUAACAACAACCAACCAACAAACUAUUGUGUAGCCCAUUGCAGACGUGGGGCCCGGCUUGAGACAGCUCGAAAUAGGAAGAGAAACCAAGUAUUAAUGAGCGUGAGUGGCCAACAGAGUAAGUGCGCACUCAAAAGGCUAGUUUAAAACACACACACACACACUUAAACACACAUACAUACAUACAAAAAACAAAGGCUUGUUGCAUUCCACAACGUGUUCUUCUUGGGGGAACGAUGGGAAUAAUUUCGUUUGCGUUCGCUAUAUACAUAUAUAUAUACACAUAUAUUAUCCCUUUAAAAAAAAUGCUCCUCUUAAAACAAAAGAACACACACACACACUAAGCCAUUUCGGUUCAUAGGUCAAGGUAUAUACAUAUAUAUAUUUGUAGCUUUUUAUGCGACUUGUUACACUAUUUAUAUGCGACAUUCCUUCGGGCGCGACAUACGCGUACGCUUGCGGAAACGAAUACGCGAACCAAUCAGAAAGGCGAAGCGUGUUUGUGUGUUUGUAUGUGUGUGUGUGUGUGUGAGAGUGUGAAGCGAUGCGGAGGACACUUUGGUUGUUUAUUCAACAUCCCGCUGCGUUCCGCAGGCGCACUGAGAUCGUCUCCCACGUCCCACGUCCUGUGCAAAAGAAUCCCAUGACAUUAUGUGGCAAAGCCAUUGCUUUACGUUUGAAACAUGUGAAAAGCAAGCCAUGAAGCAGCAACACACACACACACACACACACACACACAUAACACUACUAUCCUGUUACUAGGGCUGCGGUUGUUCCGAGUCGUGAGGAGUCGCGCUCUUUUCGUUGGUCACGUUUAAAGUGUGAUGCCACCAAGGCGUGAUUCCCGUUUUCCUGCUCUUCCCCAUUCCUUUACUUCAUCUCCUUUCCUUGCCCUCUCCUCAUCAUAUUCAAUGGUUCCAUGGAGACGCAUCAUCAUCAUCAUCAUCAUCAAGCUGUGUAUGGUGGGGUACGUGCGGUUCAAAACCUUCGCGAGAGAGUAUAGAUAUAUCAAAGUUUAUCUAUUUAUAUAUAAACAUAUUUAUAUUUAUAUAUAAAUACCAACAAAAAAAAACAAAACAUAUACCUACAUUAACACAACAUCCGCUUGCGCAAUGAGAAACUAAAAUACUUAUUAGAGAAAGAGAGAGAGAGAGGAGCAGGAAGAAGAGUUGGAAAAGAAUGAAUGAACAGCAGAGCUAGUGGUAAAGUUAGUGUAAAACAAACAAAGCGAAGCAGGUGGGUUUAAACACAGAAAACAGCGUGCGAUAAAGUCUCGGUACUUAUUGAAAGGGCAAAACAAAAAAGAAGAAAAAAAAAACUACGGCGCAAGAAACGGAAAACGUAUAUACAUAUAUGCUUAAGAGGAAAACAAAAACGUAUUAUAGGAAAAAUUUAAAUACGACACACCGUACAGAGGUGAAACAGAACAGAACAGAACAGAACAGAACAGUACAGGACAGAAGGACAAAGCAGCGCAACGCAAAGGUACACACACAUACACACAAUGCCUUUGCAAGGUUUUGUUUUCCUGUUAAGAUGUAACACGGUGAACUUUUUUUUGCUUUUGUUUAAUUUAUGUGUUUUAUACUACUGAAAAGCAUUAACCGUUUUACACCUUUUUUUUAAAUUAUUUGUUCAAAUGUUUGUUCGUUUUUUUUUACUAAAAACUAGUCACACUCUAGUCCCCUCGGUCAGCAAAUGUAUUAGCGAUCCAAAGACGCCUCAACGUGGCACAUUAGUUAUAAUACUCAUAGGAAACAAGCAAACAGCAACAAAAACUCCCGACACUCACACACACACACACACACACACACACACAAAGAUUAACACACUCUUCUUACUGUGAUGCCAACUGAUAACAUUGCGCACCGGGAGCACUGGCGCUGGUUGAUGGGUGGCGGUGGUGGUAGUAGUGUAGUGUAGGAGUGGAUACUUUUUUAGGUUUAACGUUUAAGCGACCCGAGACGCGAAACACGAGACACGAAAAACGAAACGCGAAACAAACAAAAAAAGGACGGAUGGAUGAUAAUUGGUAAACAACGGACGAGGAAUAAAAACAACAAACAAACAAACAAACAAAAGAACACUGGCAACAUAAAGCUACUACAUUAAGAAGAUACCCAGCCGAUAUUUGGACAAUAUAUAAACGUGUGAUCACUGCCGCUAUUUCGCUUCAUUAGUAGGAAACAAACAAAGCAAAAACCAAAACAUACAAAGAGGAGGAAAAAAAACAAAACUAAACGAAAAAAAAAAA